UUCUCGAGCCUUGGCUCUCGCGAGACUUGGGAGGCGGAGGGGGCUGCUUUUGCUGCUGGGUCUGGACCGGGAGAGCGAUGGGGAAGAAGCACAAGAAGCAUAAAGGGGAGAAGUACCCGUAUGAAGAAUAUGUAGAAAAACCCUUAAAGCUUGUCUUAAAAGUGGGAGGAAAUGAAGUUGCAGAACUUUCCACUCAGACCACAAUACAUGAUCCGUCCCUAUACGACGAUAAAAGCGAACAUGAGAAACACAAAGACAAAAAGAGGAAAAAGAGGAAAAAAGCAGAAAAGCAAGCCCCUGGAGAAGAAAAGGAAAAAAGGAAGAGAAAAGGAAAGGAGGAUAAAAAGAAACGGGAUAGGGACCGCGGUGAAAGUGAAGGAGAAAGAGACCUGAAAUCUCAGACUCCUGUAAGACUGGAAAUGUCACUGGAAAAACCACUGGCAAGCAGUUUAGCAAAACAAGAAGAAGUGGAACAAACACCACUUCAAGAAGCCUUGAACCAGCUUGUCAGACAACUGCAGAGAAAGGAUCCAAAUGCUUUCUUUUCAUUUCCUGUGACUGACUUUAUUGCUCCCGGCUACUCCAUGAUCAUUAAACGCCCAAUGGAUUUUAGUACCAUGAAAGAGAAGAUCAAGAACAAUGGCUACCAGUCCAUAGAAGAACUAAAGGACAACUUCAGACUGAUGUGUACUAAUGCUAUGGUGUAUAACAAACCAGAGACCAUUUAUUAUAAGGCUGCAAAAAAACUUUUGCAUUCAGGAAUGAAAAUACUCAGCCAGGAAAGAAUUCAGAGCUUGAAACAAAGUAUUGACUUCAUGGCAGACCUUCAAAAAACUCGGAAGCAGAAAGAUAAAUCAGGUCUGCAGUCUGCUGGAGAAGAUGAUGAUCGUCUUGGAAAAGAAACAGGCUCAAUGGAGACGGAUCUCCGAGCCUUUAAAACUCCCAUCAAAGAACACAAAAAGAAAGAAAAAGAUCUUCUUGAAGAAAAAAUAAGAACUAAUAAUUUAGAGAAGGAACAAGAACUAAUUGAACGUAUCAUUAAAGAAUCAGGAGGAAAAUUAACAAGACGGCCUGCUAAUGGUCAGUGUGAGUUUGAACGAAGAAAACCUGAUGGCACAACCACCCUGGGACUUCUUAAUCCAGCAGAAAAUAACACAGGGGAUCUUGGUCAUAAUUCUGUGAAGCUUGGCGUGACAGCUGGAAGACUUCAGUCGGGUGUGAAUACAUUACAAGGUUUCAAAGAGGACAAAAGGAACAAAGUAACUCCAGUGAUGUACUUGAACUAUGGCCCCUUUAGCUCUUAUGCACCAGCAUAUGAUUCCACAUUUGCAAAUAUCAGCAAGGAUGAUUCAGAUUUGAUCUACUCCACUUACAGAGAAGAUUCUAAUCAAGGAGGUUUUAACAUUAAUGAGUUUUUGGCAAAGUCUCAGGAGUACCCAUAUGUAAUGGCUGACAGCUUGCUGGAUGUCUUGACUCAAGGAGGGCAUUCACGUUCACUCAGAGAAUUAGAGAUGUUACAGCCAGCAGAAGAAACUGAAAGCCCACGUGCAAGGGCUGAUACGUCCAAGGACGUAGAGAUUGUGGAAGCUGAUCCUGCCAAGUUUGACUCCUCUCUCAGUAAAGAGAGGCUUACAGCCCUGAGAGCAGUAACCAAUUUUGGGAUGCCUGUGGAGGAGUUUGACUCGGAAGAAGCUGAAAUCUUCCAACGAAAACUUGAUGAAACCACAAAAUUGCUUAGGGACCUUCAGGAUGCUCAGAAUGAACGUCUGAGUACAAAACCGCCUCCUAAUAUGAUUUGUCUCUUGGGCCCAUCUUAUAAGGAGAUGCAUUUGGCUGAGAGAGUGACCAGUAAUCUAAAAGAGCUUGCGCAACAAGUGGCUCCAGGUGAUAUUGUGAGCACAUACGGAAUCCGUAAAGCAAUGGGGAUUUCCAUCCCUUCAUCAGACAACACAGACAGCUUUGUUGACUUAACAGAAGAUGUGGCAGAAUCUCCAAAAGCUACCAUUCUCAUUGAGAAUGAAUGUGAACCAGUUGCUACAUAAUGCUACUCAUCGUUUUAAGGGUGGGUUUUUGUUUUGAUUUAUUUUUGCCCCAAUUAAUGCAUGCUUGGGCAUUUUUUGUAUAUUUAACAUGUUAGGAGUGUCUGUAGAAUUUUUCAAUUCUUAAUAAAAUCUUUAAAAUGAGA